AUGAGCACACCGUCUGCAGACGGCAGAACAACCGCUCUGCCUUACCUGACUCCAGAACGCAAAGAUGUCCCAAUUAACUAUCGGUAUUUGACUCUCAGUCACUGCUGGGGUUCUGGCCCAGUAUACACUCUGCGAUCGGAUAACCUCGACAGCUUAAAACUGGACAUCCCGUUCUCGGAACUUCCUCAAACAUUUCAAGACGCUUUAGAGAUUGACUCCUUGUGCAUCCCUCAGGAUAAUAUACACGAAUGGGCCAGGGAGGCGGAGAGAAUGGCCGAUUAUUACAAAAAUGCUGUCCUCAAAAUUGCGGCUACUGCUUUUGCGCCAUCCGAUACUGGUCUUUUUAUUUCGAGAGCACCAGAUGUUCUAAAGCCCCUGAAGGAUAUAUUCUGGUUCGCGCGGGUAGAGAAAGCACCAUUAAACAAGCGGGCUUGGGUGGUACAAGAAAGAUAUUUCUCCCCCCGCAUCCUACACUUUGGCAAAGAUCAACUCUUGUGGGAAUGCCAAAAGCGUCAGGCAUCAGAAAUAUCACCAAAUGCACUACAUCGGACAGGUCACCGUGGAGAAGUUCGACUAUCGUGGCACAGGAUUGUUGAAGAGUACACACAGGCCAGUCUUACAUACCAGAGCGACAAACUUAUCAGCAUCGCUAGAAUGACCACCAGAUUCCAGUGGAUCUUGGGAGACAGGUGCAUCUUCAGGCUCUGGGAGGGCACCUUCCUCAUGGAUCUUCUCUGGUAUCGCGAGUAG